CUGGCCAUAGUGGUUGAGGAUAGAGGGGCUGUGACAUGCCACAGACCGGCCAGAGCCAGGAUAUGAGAAACGUUGCCUGUAGAUAACCUAUCUGACACGCGGCGGGCUCCGCUCCGGAAAGGACUUUAGUCUCUGGAGUUGUCUCUGAGUGGGACACACGAGCUCCAUAGGUAGGUUGAGAGAGGAAGGAAGGAAGGAAGGAAGGAAGGAAGGAAGGAAGGAAGGAAGGAAGGAAGGAAGGGACAGACAACGGCCUGUGUGCUGUCCCGCUCCACACGGGCACCAUGGAGCCAAAGGCGCCCCAGCUGCGGAGGAGAGAAAGGCAGGGAGAGGAGCAGGAGAACGGAGCCUGUGGAGAAGGGAACACAAGGACGCACAGAGCCCCAGACCUGGUACAAUGGACCCGACAUAUGGAGGCUGUGAAGACACAGUGUCUGGAGCAAGCACAGAGAGAGUUGGCAGAGCUGAUGGAUCGGGCCAUAUGGGAAGCUGUGCAAGCCUACCCCAAACAAGACAGACCUCUUCCUUCUACCGCCUCAGAUUCUACAAGGAAGACCCAAGAGUUACACCCUGGGAAACGGAAAGUUUUCAUCACCCGCAAGUCACUGCUCGACGAGCUAAUGGAGGUGCAACAUUUCCGAACCAUCUACCACAUGUUCAUAGCAGGCCUCUGUGUCUUGAUCAUCAGUACCCUGGCCAUCGACUUCAUUGAUGAGGGCAGGUUGAUGCUGGAGUUUGAUCUACUCCUCUUCAGCUUCGGACAGCUGCCCUUGGCGCUGAUGAUGUGGGUUCCCAUGUUCCUGUCCACGCUGCUUCUGCCCUACCAGACCUUGCGGCUGUGGGCCAGGCCACGCUCAGGGGGCGCCUGGACGCUGGGUGCCAGCCUGGGCUGUGUUCUGCUGGCUGCCCACGCCGCGGUGCUCUGCGUCCUGCCGGUGCACGUGUCAGUGAAGCAUGAACUUCCACCGGCCUCGCGCUGUGUGCUUGUCUUUGAGCAGGUCAGAUUCCUGAUGAAAAGCUACUCCUUCCUGAGAGAGACUGUGCCUGGGAUCUUUUGUGUCAGAGGAGGGAAGGGCAUCUGCACCCCGAGUUUCUCCAGCUAUCUCUACUUCCUCUUCUGCCCUACACUCAUCUACAGAGAAACAUACCCCAGGACACCCAGCAUCAGGUGGAAUUAUGUGGCCAAGAACUUUGCCCAGGCUCUGGGCUGUUUGCUCUAUGCCUGCUUCAUCCUGGGCCGCCUCUGUGUCCCUGUCUUUGCCAACAUGAGUCGAGAACCCUUCAGCACCCGGGCUCUGCUGCUGUCCAUCCUGCACGCCACGGGGCCAGGCAUCUUCAUGCUGCUCCUCAUCUUCUUCGCCUUCCUGCACUGCUGGCUCAACGCCUUCGCCGAGAUGCUGCGGUUUGGAGACAGAAUGUUCUACCGGGACUGGUGGAACUCUACUUCCUUCUCCAACUAUUACCGCACCUGGAACGUGGUGGUCCAUGACUGGCUGUACAGCUACGUGUAUCAAGAUGGGCUGUGGCUCUUAGGAAGGCAGGGUCGAGGGGCAGCCAUGCUGGGAGUGUUCCUAGUGUCUGCCCUGGUACAUGAGUACAUCUUCUGCUUCGUCCUGGGGUUCUUCUACCCGGUCAUGCUGAUCCUCUUUCUUGUGGUUGGAGGUCUGCUGAACUUCACCAUGAACGACAGGCACACAGGUCCAGCCUGGAACAUCCUGAUGUGGACCUUUCUCUUCCUGGGUCAGGGCAUCCAGGUCAGCCUAUACUGCCAGGAGUGGUACGCUCGGCGACACUGUCCCUUGCCCCAGCCGACAUUUUGGGAGCUGGUGACACCUCGCUCCUGGUCCUGCCACCCCUAGAAGUCAAGGCUUCACACUGCACAGAUGAUGGCAUCAAGCUCUUCUCUACCAGCAAAGCCCAGAGCCAGGGCUCCUCACUACCUCACUUGGAGUCAAGGACCUCCCAGCGGGGUCAUAGGGACUCAGGCACACACCUCUGUGGGCAGCUGGCCACAGGCUCAGUACGGUUUGAUUCGAGCACCACCCUCUGUGGACUGUGCACAGGUCACCUUCUGAUCCUUGGCUCUCCAGGUGUGGGGAGACUCAGAGGAACAGGGGCCAUCAAAGUUUGACACCACUGGUUCUGUUUCUCCCAAUGCAGCAAUAAAAUCUUAAGUCUCCCUUUUAAUUCACU